AGACCACAUGACUUGGCUGUAAAAACGAAACAUGAAUGCAUAAUGAUAAUGCUGCAGAGAUUUUCUUCGCCGUUGAUUCAGACUCAUCUUCUCCAAAAAUUAAUUGCUACAAUAAGUGACCAAGUGUCUGUGAGACGUAUCCGGUUCCUGGGACGUAGGCUGGGAGUACCGGACGCUAAGCUAGACAACAUAAGGUGCCAGAAUCCAAACAAUGCACAGGAGGAAUCAUUCCAGAUUCUGAGGGAGUGGAUGAAAAGGACAGCAGGGGCGACAGUCCAUAACCUGUUCAAGGCUCUGAAGGACCAUCAGUUGAACGCAUGUCUUGACCAUGUCAAGAAUGAAUAUCUUACCCUAAGUAAAGAAAUAUUGGCCAAGUCGGAUGAUGAGUUCAGCACGUUUUGUGCUUCUCUCGAGUAUACAGAUGGUCUCACAUUAUCUGCUAUGAAGAAGAUAAAUAUGAGAUGUUACGUCUCUGAUGACAUGAGAUAUAUGGGUUUGCCCCUUACAAGGUACAACGCCAAUUCCAAAGAGCGAAUGGCCUUGUACCGCCUUGAAUGGAAUGGCAACUACGAGAUUCCGGCUUCGUACGCACGGAGGGCUGUCGUUAGUUGACCUUGUGUUUUUGAUAUGACAGAGGGUCGGCAAGUUAUCGGCGUGUUACUUCUAAUAUGUGUUGAAUUAUUACUUCUACGUUGAUCGCGUUGAAUUAUUUGAAUUAUUGACUUGUGUAAAACGUGCCACUGCUUGACAGUAUUAUUACAAACAUAUAUUUUACUGUUUUUUUUACAAAUUAUAAACAAUACAUUGCAUAUAAUUACCAUUUAGCCUACACACACUGGACAAUAGAAGUGUCACCUCUACUGAAUCAAUAUUUUGUAGGAGAUAAAAGACUGUGGAAUGA